UUUUCCAGAUCAACUAACUGUACUUUACUAGCUUACAUUUUGUUCCAAAAGCAAACCGCGAACAUGAAAAGCUCCAUUACGUUUAGCUUACUUUUAAUCCUUGCUAUGUCGUCAACAGUUUGCAUGGCGUCUGAUAAUCUUCAGGUAGGAUUCUAUCGGCAAACUUGUCCAUCAGCAGAAAGGAUUGUCAGGAAUGCAGUAAACAGAGCUGUUUCCCAGAAUCCUGGAUUAGGUGCAGGGCUUAUUCGGAUGCAUUUCCAUGAUUGUUUCGUCAGGGGAUGUGAUGCAUCAAUUUUACUGGACUCAACACCGGGAAGCCAAGCAGAAAAAGAUCACCCAGCAAACUUCCCAAGUAUACGAGGUUAUGAAAUCAUCGACGAGGCAAAGGCAGAGCUCGAAUCCCAAUGCCCGAAUACUGUCUCUUGUGCAGAUAUCGUAGCAUUCGCAGCUCGAGACAGUGCCUCGAAAUUAGGAGGGAUCAACUACGCGGUACAAUCAGGACGGAAAGACGGAACAAUCUCAAACAUAAAUGACCCAACAGGAAACAUUCCUCGACCUAUUUUCAACUUACAACAACUCGAGGAAAAUUUUGCGAGAAAAAACCUUUCGUUAGAAGAAAUGGUCGUCCUUUCCGGGGCUCAUUCUAUUGGAGUCACACAUUGUUCUGCCUUCAAUGAAACUCAACCACAAUACCCUUCUUUAGAUCCUACCCUAGCCAAUGUUUUAAGGGGAAGGUGCCCUUAUCCUGCCGUUGAUGUGAAUAAUGAUCCAACGGUUCCCCUUGAUUUUGUAACGCCAAAUAAGUUGGAUAACUUGUACUACAAAAACUUGCAACAUAACAGGGCACUUUUGACCUCGGACCAAGCUCUUAUGGCUACACCCGCCACGGUGCAGAUGGUUAGAAAUUUCGGGUCACAAGGUGGUGUUUGGGCUAACAAGUUUGCUAAUGCUAUGGUUCAUAUGGGUUCUAUUGAGGUACUUACUGGUACUCAAGGACAGAUUAGAAGGAACUGCAGGGUUGUUAAUAGCUACUAGUGGAAAUAAUGCUACAUUAUUAUGUGUACAUUAAUAUUUGUUCAUUUCUUUCAUUUACUUUAUAAGUUCGAUUUGUUAUGUACUUUAUUCAAUUGUAUUUAGAAAGGAUAAUGUUGAUUUUUUUAAGGAUGGAGUGAGUAAAUAUAGUUUUCGAAGUUCUUAUAAGAUAAAAAUAAAAAUCGUAUGAAUGCGCUUAUGUUGGG